CAUAGGACAUUUCACGACCGUUCACGAACAGUGAAACCAGUGAGUUGUGGUUUAGUGUUGGUGUUGUAUGAUGUGAUGUGAACAUCUGUGAACAGAAAUGUGGUGCAGAAGCUGAAUGGCCUUUAGGUGGCUAUUUUGGAUGUAAUAGGAGUUGUGUAUUAGGGUUCGGUAUUGUAUGCUAGAAGUUACAUAAACUCAUCGGUAGAAAAAAUGUUCAUAGUUGGGGUAACAGGUGGCAUAGCGACAGGAAAGAGUACUGUCUGUGACGUUUUCAGGGAAUAUGGCAUUCCUGUAAUUGAUGCUGAUGUUGCUGCCAGGAAAGUUGUUGAGCCUGGAAGGAAAGCAUGGCGUCUGAUAAAGAAGGAGUUUGGUGAUGCUGUGUUUCACAAGGAUGGGCAACUUAAUCGUGAAAUCCUUGGAGAAAUCAUCUUUGACAGUGUUGAGAAGAGGAGGAAACUGAAUGAAAUUACACACCCAGAAAUCUACAGUGAAAUGUUCUGGGCAGCUGUCAAAUGCUUUUUCCAAGGUCAUCAGUUCAUUGUGAUGGAUCUGCCACUCCUCUUUGAAUCAGGAAGCAUGUUGGAUUAUUUGUAUAAGAUAAUAGUUGUUACAUGCGAGGAAGAUCUGCAACUUCAGAGACUGAUGGAACGGAACUCCAUGUCAGAAUCCAAAGCCAAGAAACGCAUCAGUGCUCAGAUGUCUCUGGAGCGUAAAUGUGAGCAAGCACACUUUGUUGUAGAGAACUCGGGCACAAUACAGGACACGCGUGAACAGGUCCUGCAGAUACUAUAUAUUCUGCGCAGCUACAAAGCCCACUGGAAACUGAGAGCAGUUGCAGGACUGUGCUGCACUGGACUAGUGUCAUUUCUUAUCUGGAUUGGCUUCAAGUUUCUUUACUCCCAGCAAUCAGCUGUGCCUCGCCGUCGGUAGUCAUAUAUUGUUACCUAGUUUUGUAUUUAUGUUUUGUGCAUGUAUUAAUGUAUAGCUAGACUUGAUGUACAGCCUGCAUUCCUAAUAUGCAUUUGUGUGAAUGCAAAAAUAAUUACAGUGAAGCCCAGUAUAAUGCAGGUGCUAUGGGACUCCGAUAAAAUGAAGGAAUAACACUGUAUGUAAUUGUUUUAUAAGACACAGAGUUGUAAAAAUUGCACAGUGGAUGUUUGCAGAGGUUAUCUGGUAAAUGAAGGUCUAGAAUGUAUGAUACUUUACCUCCAUGCACCUUGUAUACUUAUACAGUGUGAUGCUUAUGGCAGAUUGCACCAAAAUGCAUUUAUAAACAAAGGGAAAUGGCAAGUGUUUAUGACUGAAAUUAAAUUAUAUCAUGUGCUGGACACUGUGCUCUUUUUAAAGAAGUGGUAUGAGGUUUAGUCCUUUCAUACUGUAGUAUCAAAUGGGCCUAUUAUACCAGCCCCAGGCAGCAGUAAGUAUGGUGCUUGGGUGAAAUUAUAGUUGUGGUCAACAGCAGAUAAAAUAUUCUCUUCUUAUCUCUUUCAACUUCCAAAAUCAUUUCUUUGAUUCUGGUUACAUUUUGUAAUAUUCACACUGAGAUUUGUGAAGCACUAGACAUAUAUUUUGGACCACACCAGUCUAGAAAAAGAUGAAUACACUAUUAUCAGAAACACUUGUAUGCCUGCUUGUGAAGCACUUUGUCUUUCCUGCCAUGUUCAUGUGAGCUGCUACUGCCUAGAAGACUAGUCAGUGUUAUCCAACAAAGGACAUUUUUCCUUAUAUAAAACAUGAAAUUGGAUAUUUUGGAUCUUAACUGAGGUUUAGGUAAUGGUUAUUCAUCUCUUUUACUGUAUUAUGAAGUAGCAAUUUGAAUUUUAAUCCUCCCAUAAUAUCUGACUUCCUUCUCCAUUCAGUUUUUGCAAGAAUAUUUUUUUCUCAAUUACCCUCAGUGUAUUUUGGUGCAUGUACAAUGGAAAGUCCAAAAAUACACAUUGAAGCUUUGGCAUAUUCACAUGCAGCAACUUGCCAAUGGCUGAAUGGAUUUUCAUGACAUUUCGUGUUGGGGAAUUUACUACAGUUUGCUGGCAUAUUCCAGUUUGGGUUAAAAUUUUACACUAAUGAUGGCCUCUAUACAUGUAGACCAAGAUGCAUUUGUAUGCAUGUCUCUAGCAUACCAUGCUAAGUAUUUAUUUGAGUGAAAAUAUUUUGGAGAUAAGUCAUAGAGAAGAACAAGGCAUUUUUUUUUCUGACAUGUCUUCCUCUGCUCAAGACAGUUCACCAAAAGGAAUUUUUAUGGUAUGUCAUUUCAUAACUCGUGAACUGUUGGACUCAUUGUACUACCUCUCAUCCAUCCUGCCUGUCUUACACUGUUUAUGAGAGACCAUCGAAAGUUAGCAUUCAUGAUUUGAAAAUCCAAGGGGUAAUAAUAAAAUGGGUGCACUGAAAGUAUGAUAUGUGUACAUUUCCAAAACUGUAUACACUGUGGGUACUUCAUGCUAGGGUGAUCAGAAUCAUCCUUCUGUCUCUAUUAGGUCUCAGAAAUAAUCUGUCUUUGCCCAUAACACUUCACAUUUAUUCUCUUACUGUCACAUCGUUCAGGUUGUAAAUUGCAACACAAAGGAACAGUAAAAUUGAGGGGCAGUUACUGUGCUUGAGAAAGUCCUACUUCCUAACCCAUCCUGAUCCUCACAACUAUAACGUUUUUGAAAGGAAACUGUUGAUAAGCAAACUGUGACUACAGCAUUACAUAUAUUUGGUAUUUUGUCACAAUCCCAAAUCUAAACUGAUCUGUGUACAGAAAAGUCUGUCCCCAGAUGUGUCCAGUGGUCAAAUGUGAUUCCUUGCUGCCAGUAGGCCCCCAGAGUAAUUUUAAAUUAAAAAUAGAUCCACCUGUUUAAUUUUAAUAUUUGAAACUCAAACCAAAACUUGCAGAAACAGUGUCCUGACUAUCCUACAGGGAAGUAAACUGGUGCACCGCUGGCUGGAAGGUUCAUACAGAUUUUGCUGAUUAGUCGGUAUGCCUGAUGGCCGAUAAUGUUUGGAAUGAAGGGAAGUUAUUAACUUUGUGGACCAGUUGAGGGUAUUAUGUUUCACAGUGAGCAGUGCAGUUCAUGCAUAGGAAUUUGUUUAUGAUUUGACAGCAGUGGACCGUAGUUAUUAGCAACAUUAGCUGUUUGUUCUGUUACAAUUAGUGAACAGUGUGUUAUGUCAUGGUGUGGUAUAUUUUAGAGCAAUGUGUACUUCUGUAUGACACCUACAUGAAAUAUGGAUCUGCUAGAAAUUUCACAAUGAGAGAGUUCCCAGCAGACAAACAAUUCAAAAUUUGGUGAAUGAACCCAGAUCAGCAGGACUCUUUAAGAGACCAGAAACAAAAACAUAAGUGUCGAUUGCUUACUGAGGAGACGUUAGAUGACAUAGGAGCCAGGCUUGAAUAUACACCUAGCAGAUCACCAAAACAUCUAGCUCAAGAGACUGGAGUGUCAAAGUGUAGUGUAGGAAUGGCAACACAAUUGCUGAAGCUGGAAACCCUAUAAAACAACACAUAUCCAUACCUUGCAGCCUUGCAAUCCAGCUAGGGUUCAUUAUGCAGUUGAUUUCUAUAGUCUGUCGUCGAGGGUGAGAUCUAUCCACACUGACAUCCUUUUCUGAUCAAGCAUGGUUUCACAUGCAGGGAUACAUAACUAUGCUAAAUAUUUGCUACUCGAGUUCA